AUGUUCCGGAAAAAAUUAUUUUCUAUUGAUUUCAGAAUUACAAGCGAAGUGAGAAGUAGCAUGAUUGAAGCUUAUAACUUGUCGCGCUCGAUAAACCGUAGUCUAACCGGUUAUGACAAGAAAGUCAGGCCAAAUGCAGGGGGACCUCCUGUCAUCGUGAAGAUAGAAUUUAAAGUCAUAUCCUUUGGAGAAAUCAAGGAAGCUAAUAUGGUAUGCCUGUAUUAUCCUCACUAGGUUCGCAUAUUUUGACUUAAGGGCCUAAAUUCCAUAACAGCAGAUCCAAAGAUCGUGCAAGUUUAUAAUAUAACGUAUUCCUGUAGGUGAAGAAAACUGAUCACCAUUUUACCGAGUAAACAAGUAAACCUAAGCCGAGGAAGCUAAAAGCGACUAAAUCCCCAGGUAACUAACCAUGACAUCAGCCACUCCUGAUUUAAAUCAAGGAACAAUUUAUGCUUUUUCGAUACAACAAAAGCAUGAUUUAUGGGAAUAAGAAAAUCUUGCUGCCAAAAAGUCUUGAUUGAAAAGUGAAGUGUACGUUCUUUGUCUUUUAGGAGUACUCGAUGGACAUUUUUAUGCGACAAUGGUGGCAUGAUCCAAGGUUUAAGAAUAAUUAUAGCAAACCGUUCAAUAUGGCAGCGGAUCCCACAAAGCUUUUCUGGACUCCAGAUACGUACUUCUGGAAUGUAAAAGAUGCUAAAUAUCAUUUCGUCACCCGAGAGAAUAUGAGAGUGAAAAUAUCGCCCGAUGGGGAGAUUUAUUACAGCACAAGGUAAAUUUGCACUUAUAAAAACAAAAGAAAAAUAAUUACAACUCGUAGCAACGAUGAUCUGACGAUCCUGCAUCUUUUUCUUGGUGAAAGAUUCAACACUACUUCAUAUCAGUCUUGAAAAAGUUCAUUCUUUGUCCGCCUCAAUUUUAAUCGCAAGAUCUAAAUACACUCUUUCGACUCCCGCUCUAUCUGCCAAACCUCUUCGUUAGCUUUUAUUUUAGGCAUUAAGUUUGGAGUUUUAUCGAAUUGUGUCCCCGUGUCAAUACGUUUGUUUUCCUCUCAGUUCUCUUUUGCAUAAAAUUGUACUGAUUUUGUGAGGAGAAAGUACUUUUGGGUCGCUCCUUGGAGCAGAAGGAUCAACAUUGUUAUUUGAGAUCUUUUCUGUUAUUGUUCUCCCAGGAUAACACUAACAGCUCAAUGUGAUAUGGAUCUGCACCUUUAUCCAAUGGACACUCAAUAUUGUCCUCUUAUCAUAGAAAGCUGUAAGUAUUCAACGGCACAGCAACCAAAGACAAGAUUUUUUGUUAACAAACCACAUAAUCCGAACUAAUUUUGGAACACAUGCAACUUCCUGCAUGCCAGUGCGGCUUCCCGAGCCAUUUCUCUCUUUAUGACAAUUGGUUUAUGUGGAAAUUCGUCCUACAGUUCUUCUGAUAUGAAUCGAAACCGUACAGAUCAACUGGACUGUGCCAAGGUCCACUGUAAUUCUUUUUACUUUUUUUUUAUUUCGUCUCAUUCUAGAUGCGUAUACGACAGCAGAUGUUGAUUACCGCUGGAAGGGAGGAGAUAAACAAAGUGUAGAGAUAGUGUCGAAGGAAAUGGCUCAGUUUGAUCUGACCGAUGUUAAAACUUACACCAAGUCGCAGACGAACAGUAAAGGUGAGUUUUAAAAAUAAAGUGGAUAAAAUCAUGAGCAAAGUUAAGCGGACGGUAUUACUUAGUGGAAUGACCGUAAUUCUCAUAUCCGUACGAACAAAAGCAACGAGCUUCACUUGGUAUCAAACCAGUGUAAUAAUGAGGUUUCUCUAGAAACUUUCUUCCUGUACUUUUUCUUCGUUGUACAGAGUUUUCUUUUUCGUUUUAUUUUCAGGCUAAUGUAAUUUUUAGAUAGUAUAAAUAAUACUCGAGGCAACAAGGUGAGACUAACCGUACUUUAUCUCUCACAAAUUCUUUCUUACAAUAUCUUUCACAUAACUGGAUGAAAAUGAUACAGAUAAGGGGGCUUUUCAAGACAAAAAUAUAGGAUCAUCCUCAGAACUGGACCGAGGAGUGAUCCAAUUUACAAAAGUUGAGAUAAAACGUUGAUUUACGCUUGAGAAAUUGAAAAGUAGAAACUCAAGUUUAAUAACUAUUCUUUGGAAGGUUUAUUUCACCAACGAGUUCCCUGAGGAGAACGACAUGAGGAGAUAAAAAAAAGUACUUUGAAUAGGAGGGCGAGGUUUAAGUAGUUAAGUUUAGCUCUCUUCACUGUGCCAAAUAAUGCUAGCUAACAGACUAACGACCAAACGAAAAAAUGCACCAAUUUUAGAGAAUUGUAGAGAAGCCCGAGUGCGUAUCAAACGACUCUCUUUCCUCCAAACAUUCUUAGGUUCCUUCGCAAGUCUCAAGGCAGUGUUUUCAUUUCGACGGCGCACAGAGAGCUUUGUUUCUGCCAUAUUUGUCCCAGCAGUAGUCCUGGUUGUUUUGUCGUGGUGUUGCUUCUUCAUCUCCCCUUCAGCUGUUCCUGCCAGAGUGGCUUUGAGUAUCACCACUAUUUUAACCUCCAUUCUACUCAAAGGCAACGUUAACAGAGACAUGCCUAAGGUCAGCUACAUGAAAGCCGUUGAUUAUUUCUUGCUGACCUCUUUUGGCUUCAUCUUCGCCGCCUUAAUCGAAUUUAUCAUCGUCCUCAACACCAGUCCCGUGUUUUCUCCACCUUCCUGGUUCAAGAAGGACAAAAGAGGAGACAAAAAGGAAAUUGCAAUGGAAUGUGAAGUAAGUGGUGGAGGAAAAGAUUAUCCUCAACUUUAAUCAUUUAAAAACGACUAUUUUCUCUUAUCUCUCUAUUGAAUGGUUACGGCACGGCUGAAUAAUUUAUAAUUGCCCUCAGUUUGGCAAAUGUACAGAGGAUUCCUAUUAUCAUUCGUUACGUAAGAUCAGGUUGUCGGAAGUUUCAAAUGUUUUGUAAUUUUACUCCCAGACUGUCCAACGUGGACUGUUUUGUUGAAGUAAUUUGUGGGCUUUUUUGGUCUCUAAUGAGCUCUGUUUAUCAAUCAGGUGGCUGGAAACAAAUUCCUUAUGAAGGGAUUAAAAGAAUAGUAAAAGGAAACUCUUGAGCUAGCCUUGAAGGCUUUCAAAGCUUGGUCAUGUCGAUGUAUUUCUGGCCGUCAAAUGUUUUUUUUUCCUUAUAUAAUCUAAUCAUAGCGCUUCAAGUAUCACUUUAUAUAAGCUGACACCACAUUUCCUGAUUGUGAUGAUCCCAAUGACCAAAAAUCCCGGUGAUCAAAGUGUAAAGAAAGAUUUCUCUUCUUUGUAGGCACACAGCAAGGGAAGUGUUGAUCUGAUUGUGCAAGUGAUGGAUGAAGGAGUUUGUAGAAUCAGGAAUAACAAGGGAAAUAUCAAGCUGAAGCCACAACCAAAACAGCAACUUCCCUUAACGCCGCCAGUAGCAACAAAAACUAAGGCGCACUGGAUCGACCGAUUGUCAAGAUUUCUCUUCCCAACUUUGUACGUCACAUUUCUCGUCGCGUACACCAUAUACUACAGUGCGCUCAGGGAGGAGAGCGACUCCAAGGGACAUGUGUUGGACUAGAGAAUUCAACAAGAAAGUUACGGUGGAGUCUUCAACGAUAUUUAUCUAUAAAAUUUGAAGAAAUUUCUUUCCAUUCAUUUUUGAACAACUGUAGAUAUGAGAUAAAAGUCGAUAAUUCCUUCUGUAUCAGAACCGGCCCACUUUGACGUACCAAGCACAAAAACCAACCGAUUAAAACAAUGCCGAUUUUGAAAAACGAGGUUUUACUAUGCAGUUUCGAAAAGCACGAAUUUAGGGUAAAACACUCUUGAGAAAAACUUAGAUUCCUAUCUGGAUUCCGAAGCAAAUCCCUGGUCACCCUGGCUAAGGUUUCUAUUGGGAAUCAAAAUAGUUAUCAUACUGAUAUUAGCCAAUCCGCUCGUCUACCUUUCUUUCCACUACAAUUGAUAAGAUAAUUAGAACUCUUAAAAGCGAGGGACAAAGAGUUUCUUUGCGUGUGAUGAGUGUCCUAUUUUAAAUUUAGUGUCUAACACGGAGAAUCUGAUAUGGUUUAUAGAAGAAUAUUGGGGGAUUGAUAGAAAAACGCAAUUUUGAUGUAGGGGGCCUGGACUGAUAAUUUAUGAUGUAGGGCUAGCUCAAGGAAUCCAAUUUUUUUCAUUCAAUGUAAAAGAAAAUUGGGUUUCUCAAGAAAAGCAAUUAAUGUUAUAGAUCCGACCUCCCGAGCUCUUUUUUGAAUGAUCAUCGGUUACAAACGUAUCUUUAAAUGAUAAACAAGUACCCGAAAAGUUCAUUGCUGAUAAAAAGACUCUCUACGUAUGGCGUAGAUUGUCAUCCUGGAAAAAAGAUGAUGAAAGGGCUUUCACUGAGUUCACGGUGUUCUGGAUAAGCUUAAAAAGAGUAAAGAUAAAAUACCAAAUCAUCUCCUCGAGUAAAGGAAUUGACAUUAUUGUUCCUGCCUUUUUAACCCUUUUAUAAACAAUUUCAAUAAGUAUCUAUCCUAGACUUUCUACUCUUUAUAAGAUGAAUCAUUAAUCAAGAUAUGUAUUCAUGAUAAAUAGAUGGCUUCUUCCUGAUAUAAUUAUUACAGUAUGCUCAGUUGAAGAAAAGCGCACGAAUUCUUAUCAUGUUAACAAAAAAAAAAACAUGACAUUAAUAAAAAUUGAUUUGCCAGCCACUGGUCUUGGUUUGUAAAUACG